AAUAUUAACAAAAAGCUAAUAAGAACAUUUUGAGGCGAAAGCGCCAACUUCAACUAACAGCAAAAGAGAGCGAGAGAGAGAGAGAGAGAGAGAGACAGAGAGAGAUUGGCACAGCAAGCAAAGAGUAGGAUAAUUUGCAGAGCAGGAGUGGAUUUCCCAGAAAAGGAGAGAAUUUUUGUCUGGAAAUCCCCCUUUUACAAUCCCGGAUUGUAAAUUUAGGGGGUGUUAUUCUGAAGCAAGAAAUGAAUUGUGCGAAAACCGGUUCGGGUUUUUCAUGAGAAGGAAUUUGUGUGAAUUGGGAUAUAGAUUGAAGAGACUGCAGUAAAGGAAAGUAGGGAAAACCAUGGAGAGGGUUUUGAUGGCGGUGCAUCUGGCGAAUCAAGUCGGAGGGGAAUCGUUACUUGGGACGAUCAAGAUCGCGGUGCUUCCCAUAGCAAAGGUUUUUACUGUGUAAAAGUAUAACAUCUUCCCAGCCAGUGGAAGAAAACUCUUGAAUGGGUUGGUCUUCUCGCUAUUGCUUCCAUGUUUGAUAUUUUCUCAGCUUGGACAAGCCAUCACCCUAAAGAAAAUGCUCGAGUGGUGGUUUAUUCCCGUGAAUGUCGUGAUUGGUAGCACUACAGGCUCCAUGAUAGGUUAUAUCGUUGCAUCAAUUGUCCGACCACCGUACCCCUUCUUCAAGUUUACAAUUAUACAGAUUGGAAUAGGAAACAUCGGGAAUGUGCCACUGGUUCUAAUUGCAGCUUUGUGUAGAGACAAAUCGAACCCUUUCGGUGAUACGUGUAAAGCAGAUGGGACUGCCUAUAUUUCAUUUGGCCAGUGGGUUGGUGCAAUCAUUCUAUACACGUAUGUAUUUCAAAUGCUGUCCCCCCCUCCUGAAGGUACCUUUGACAUUGAGGAGAAAGAUCUCCCAAUCAAAAGCCCUCAAAACAGCACGAGCAUGACACCUGAACAAAUUCCGUUGCUUACAAAUGAUGAAAAUAAUGAAGAGACAACACGUCAAGAAGAGGUUGCAGAAACUAAAGAGGAUGCAGAAACUAACUCAAAUGAUACAGAUAAACCUAAGAUUACAAAGUUCUUCGUAUUUAUAUACGAAAAGUUGAAGCUCAAACAAGUUCUCCAACCACCUAUAAUAGCUUCUAUCCUGGCCAUGGUACUUGGAGCAAUACCAUUUUUAAAGAAAUUGAUCUUUACAUCUGAUGGUCCACUUUUCUUCUUCACUGAUAGCUGCAGUAUCCUUGGGGAAGCCAUGAUUCCGUGCAUUCUGUUGGCAUUAGGUGGCAACCUUAUUGAUGGUCCGGGAAGUUCAAAACUUGGUCUACGGACAACUGCUGCAAUUAUAUUUGCACGACUAGUCUUGGUGCCCCCGGUAGGACUUGGCAUUGUAAUGUUAGCCGAUAAGCUUGGCUUCCUCCCUGCCAAUGACAAAAUGUUUCGAUUUAUCCUGCUGCUCCAGAACACAAUGCCUACAUCUGUCCUUGCUGGUGCUGUUGCAAAUUUAAGAGGCUGUGGUAGAGAGGCAGCUGCCGUCCUGUUCUGGGUGCACAUAUUCGCCAUCUUCUCCAUGGCCGGGUGGAUCGUCUUGUACCUCAACCUACUCUUCUGAAAAGAACUUGCAAAUUGUUGCUGUGCCACUCACCCCUAUCUACCUUCUGCCAUUGAUUUAUCCGGCAGUCGAUGUUAAUAGCCGUAAGAGUAUAUAGCUGAACUUGGAAACUAUUCAUUCAUGUAGAAUACAAGGUGUCAACCUGUUCACAGUAACUGAGCCGGAGGAAGGAGCAUCCCGCCCGGCUGUUAAUUUUGUUGUGACAGCUGCCAUUUACGUCCAUUAAUUUUUCAGGUCCGUAGAAGGGCAGCUGUCGUCUACAUUCGGCCUUUUCUAUGAGGCCCCGACUGGUUGUAAAGUGGAAGCAGUUAUUUAGGAACGGGGGAGAUCCUACCCCUUCUUCCUUACACGUCUGUGACUAUAAUCCUGUAUUUGGCUCAUCUCAUUCUCUUUUCAUACGAAUUUUGAAGUUAUUUUUUUUGUAAAAUUUUACAAAUUAAG